AUGUUUGAUAUCAAAUCAAUAGUCAGACCAAACAUUCUUUCAUUAGAACCAUAUAGAUGUGCCCGUGAUGAUUUUAAAGUUGGUAUCUUAUUAGAUGCCAAUGAAAAUACUCAUGGACCAGCAUUAACCACCAUUUCAGAAUCAGAAUCUCAAUUGGAAUUAAAUAGAUAUCCUGAUCCUCAUCAAUUAGAACUUAAGAAACAGAUUGUUCAAUUUAGGAAUUCAACCCCAAAUAUUCAUUUAUCGGGAAAUGAAGGGAUUUAUCCUGGUAAUUUAUGUUUAGGGGUUGGAUCAGAUGAAAGUAUUGAUUUAUUACUUAGAUGUGUUUGUAUUCCUGGAAAAGAUAAGAUGUUGAUUUGUCCACCCACGUAUGGAAUGUAUUCCAUAUGUGCUACUGUUAAUGAUGUUGAGAUUGUAAAAGUCCCAUUAUUAUAUCCUGGUUUUCAAAUUGAUGUUCCGGGAAUCUUAUCCACCAUUACUCAAGACCCAUUAAUUAAAUUAAUCUAUUUAACUUCCCCUGGUAACCCUACGGGGAAACUCUUGAAUGUUGAUGAUAUUAUUCAAUUAUUAACCCAAGCCCAAUCGAAAUGGAAUGGAUUAAUAGUCGUUGAUGAAGCAUAUAUCGAUUUCACCGAGUCUCCAAAUUCCCAACACUCCCAAUCAAUGUCCACCCUAGUCAACCAAUAUCCAAACCUAGUAGUCUGUCAAACUUUAUCCAAAGCAUUCGGACUCGCAGGUAUCAGAUUAGGUAUAACUUAUUCCAAUGAAACUCUUGCCAGCUAUUUGAAUGCCAUGAAAUAUCCAUAUAAUAUCUCGUCCUUAACUUCCGACAUCGCCAUCCGUGCAACUGGUUCCGAAACUGGUUUAAAAGUUAUGAAUGAUUAUGUAUCCCGAAUCAACAAACAACGAGACUGGUUAUUGAACCAAUUGACAAAUUUGAAAUAUAUCGGAAGGAAUAUUGGUGGAUUGGAUUCGAAUUUCUUGUUGAUUGAAGUUUUGGAUAAACAAGGUAAGCCAUCCAAUGAAGUGGCAUAUAAGGUGUAUAAUAAAUUAGCUGUUGAUAAUAGUGUGGUUGUUAGAUUUAGAGGAAAUGAAUUGAAUUGUUUUGGAUGUUUAAGAAUUUCGGUGGGGACUGAGGCGGAGAAUGUUACUUUGGUACAGAAGUUUAAACAAGUUUUGGAACAGGUGAAUGAGUAG